AUGUUCGGCGCUAUAGGGAUGAUGAACCGGGAGGUCGGGGAGGGCCACCAGCAGAUCGCUGAGGAGCUCGAGGAGGUGGAGGACAUUUUUGGACGCAACGCGAGCGAGUCGUCGUCUUCGUCGUCCAGCGGGGAGGGCAGCAGCGACGAGGGGAGCGGGUCGGGCAGCGGCGAGGAGGGCGAGUCCGGGGAGGGGGAAGCCCUGGAGCUCGACGGGAGGGGGAGUUUUCCGGGCGAGAACGGCGACACGGCGUCGAACUCGACCCCGGAGGACCAGCGGGCGAUGAAUGGCGGCGAGCAGGCCCCGUGGGGAGCCAGGGGGCCAGGGUUGGACGCAGCGGCCUCGAUGGACGCGUCGGCGCGGAAUGGCGGGAAAGUCGCGCGGGUGGUGCCGCUGGCGCAGAGCAGAGACCCGUUCGAGGACAAGGCGCGCUGGAUGGACGGCCUGAACGCGAUAGACGAGGACGAGGACCACCCGUUGUGGGCCAAGGGUGGGUUCAACGAGUCGGUCGAUUACGACGGCGCGCCGGACCCUUCCUACGUGAACAAGACGACGUGGCAGCAGAUCACGGAGGACAUCCUGUUCGAGAAGAAGCGCGAGACGCCGUGGGACCGGCUCACGAAGUCGUACAAGUUCGUGCGCAAGCUGGCCUUGUGGGCCAAGAAUGUGUCGAUCCGCGUUCCCAUCAUUCACCCGAACGCGCGGGCCCGGCGCGCGUGGGACUUCCUCAUCCUCUUCCUCGUCGUGUACAACGCCGUGAUGGUGCCGUACGAGGCCUCCUUCCAAGUCGGAGAGAGCACUUUCAUCACCUUCUUCGAGUACAGCGUUGACGCCGUGUUCUUCUUCGACAUCCUGCUCAACUUCCGCACGGCGUUCGUGGACAACCAGGGCACGCUCAUCAACGACCAGCGCGCGGUCGCGGGGCACUACCUCUCGACCUGGUUUUCGGUCGACCUUCUCGCGAGCAUUCCCUUCGAGCUCUUCGCGCAGAUCAUCGGCCUGAACGUGUCCUCGAACGUCACGCUCCUCGCCUUCCUCAAGACGCCGCGCCUGCUCCGCCUGGGCCGCCUCCUGCGCUUCUUCGAGCGCAUGCGCAACGCCAACAUCUUCAAGAUCUUCAAACUGAUGAUGAUCAUGUGCAUGUUCGCGCACUGGAUCGGCUGCGGGCUGCACCUGAUCGGGAAGACGCAGUUCGACGACGGCAAGCCCAGCUGGAUCGAGGACCAGCUGCGCCCGGAGGAACAGAACGACAAGCUCUCGCGCUACCUGCAGGCAUACUACCUGUCGUUCGAGCUCCUGGUCGGCGACAACGUCGGACCGACGAACAACCUCGAGCGCUUCUACUGCUCGCUCGUCCUGCUCGUCGGCGCGUGCUUCUACGCGUCGGUCGUCGGUAACAUGGCGCUGCUGGUGUCCAACCUGAACGCGACCGCCGCGCGGCACAAGCACAAGCAGGAGCUCGUGUCGGACGUCAUCCGGUACCUCGGGCUCCCCGCGGACAUCAACGACCGCGUCCAGGAGUACUUUGACUACCUCACGACGUACGCGCACCCGGGGCCAGACGGGAUCAACUUCCUGAUGGAGCUGCCGUGGUCGCUGUACGAGGACAUCGCGAUGCACCUGCACGGCCACCGCGUGCGGCAGGUCACGCUGUUCGCCUCGUGCGAGGACGCCUUCAUUACGCACUUGGUCACCAAGCUCAAGAAUGCGGUCUACAUGCCGAGCGAGAUCGUGUUCCGCUCCGGGGACGUCGGGCACGAGAUGUACAUGAUCUACAAGGGCCGCGUCGCCGUGAUCAACUCCCACGGCGAGACGGUCGCCGUGCUGAAGCAGGGGGGGUACUUUGGCGAGCUGGCGCUGCUGGCGACGGCGCGCCGGACGGCCAACUGCACGACGCUCACGCACUGCGACCUCGCCGUGCUGCGCGCGCACGACCUCGCCAUCACGAUGAAGGACUUCCCCGAGGCCGCGAUGAUGGUCCGCGAGGCCGCGCUGCGGCGCCUCGCUGAGAUCCAAGUCGCGGGCAACCUCGACCAGUCGACGUUCGCGGCGCGGCUGGGCCCGGCGCACGUGAAGCGGCUGAACGAGCUCGGCGGGAAGGGCGAGGCGCGCAUGUCGCGGCGGGAGAGCGACCGCGGGGAAAAGGACAGGCUGAAGUCGCGCGACGUGCGGCGGACCGGGUCGAACGCGAAGAUGGACGCGCCGGGGGGCUUGGAGCUCGCGGAGGCCCCGUCGCUCGGCGCGGCGCUCAAGGGCGGGCUCGCGAAGGGCCCGAGCAUGCGCAAACACAUGAUGGGCGGCGCCAGCCGCGUGGGCAGUCGCCGCACGGGCCUGCUGACGGGCGCGCCGGCGGGGGGCGGGUCGGACGCGACGGUCGUGAAGCACCUGACGGGCAUCGAGGAGAGCAUGAAGCAAAUGGUCACUCAGAUCAUGUCGCUCAGCGCCUCGCAGGCCGCGCUGCAGAAACAGGUGCAGGGCAUGCAGCGGCGCGCCGAGGUGUCGGACGCGUUCGCGAUGGGCGAAGGCAUCCUGAGCACGGCGUACGACGGGCCGCCGCGGCAGAGCCGGCCCUCGGCGCAGGCCUUGCAGGGCGCGCGGAGCGUGCGUCGCACGACGGGCGACACGAACGCCUAG